AAGUAUCUACACAAGGUGAGUCUUUUGAGUAUCACUUGGAAUGGCGUCGAUAUCAGCCUUUGGUUACCUUCCUUCCUCUCCACCGCUCACCGGAGCUUCUUCCACCAACGUACGACGCCGUUCUACCUCCCUCACACUUACACCUCUCAUAUUUUCUCAAUUUGAUUCUCAGAGAUGCAGGACGACCGUGUCUGCUGCUCGAUUACCCGACCGAACAGAUGACUUCCCUCCUCUUCGCUCUUCUGGUGGGAAGUGUGGAGAGUUUGAACGCAGAAGAUUGUUGGUUUCUUCUGUGGGUCUGAUGAUUGGAGCAUUGGUAUGCAAUGGAGAGAUUGCAGAAGCUUCCCAGUUCGCUGACAUGCCAGCGAUUAGAGGCAAGGAUUACGGCAAAACGAAGAUGAAGUAUCCUGAUUAUACAGAAACACCUUCUGGUCUUCAGUAUAAGGAUUUGCGAGUGGGAACUGGGCCUAUACCAAAGAAGGGAGAAAAAGUUGUGGUUGACUGGGAUGGUUACACAAUAGGUUACUAUGGCCGCAUAUUUGAAGCACGCAACAAAACCAAAGGGGGUUCUUUUGAGGGGGAUGAGAAGGAAUUUUUCAAAUUUACCUUGGGAUCUAAUGAGGUGAUACCUGCUUUCGAGGAGGCCGUUUCUGGGAUGGCUCUUGGUGGUAUCAGAAGGUUGGUUGUACCUCCAGAGUUAGGAUACCCAGAAAAUGAUUACAACAAGAGUGCGCCGAGACCGACAACUUUCUCUGGACAACGUGCAUUAGAUUUUGUACUCAAGAACCAAGGGCUCAUAGACAAGACACUUCUCUUUGAUGUUGAACUCCUCAAAAUCGUACCAAAUUGAUAAAUCAUGGACCAUCUACACCUACUUUGACGUAUAUAUAUAUAUAUAUAUUGUCUUGUGUAUACUUCAACAGCACAAUUGUUUACACUGAACUCAGUUUAUACAUCAUAUAAUGUUAAGUUCUCAUUUAUAAGCU